AUGAGGAGGAGGAGAUAUUGGUUUACUAAAAAUAAGGGCUCUCGUGCUGUGAUUCUUGAGCCACUAUUCAGGGCUAUCAAACUGCGAGAUUACCCUAAUAUGACUAGUUAUUGCGACCGUCUCAAGACACUCUCCGAUCAGUUGUCGGACAUCGGUGCUCUAGUGUCAAACCAGAGGCUCGUUCUUCACUUGUGUUGUAGUCUCACGGAGGCCUACAAUGGUGUUGUUCCUCUCAUUGAACACAAGGAUCCCCUUCCUCCGUUUGCUCAAGCCCGUAUGGCCAACCGCGCCUUCGAUGAUGAGUCACUACCAAACGAUGCUCUUCAUCGUGGUGAUCGCGGUGGUGAAGAGGGAAAAGGGGGAGGCGGCAGUGGCCGGUCGAAAGGGUCUUGGAAACGGCGGCAAUGCAGGUGGCCAGAGUUCUUGGAGAGCUCUCGACCACAGGCCCAUGCGGCAUUUUUGGCCCCGUCUUCAGGUUACGGCCCGGUGAACACUCCUACGGAUAUUGACCAAGCUAUGCACACUCUCACUCUUUCUCCACCAGAUGAUCAAUGUUAUAUGGAUACCGGGCAACAUGAGUACAUGACCGGAAAUCAAGAUGUGAGUUACGAAGUCGGAAUGAAGAUCGAGGAUGUUCCAAUUGUGAAUGAAUUCAUGGAUGUGUUUCCUAGUGAGAUUGCAGUGAAUAAGGAAGUAAGUCUUUUUGUUGAAGGGUCAGAAUCUAUGUUAAUGAUGAAGGAAGCUAAAAAUGAAGACGAAACUUAUGAUAUGUAUAAUGAAUAUGCUUUUAGUAAAGGUUUUGGUAUUAGGGUUGGGAAAGGUCGGAAACAUCAAAACAGUGAACUUUAUACUAUGAAACGGUUCUUGUGUAGCUGCGAAGGGGUUAAAGAUGAAAAAAGGAAGAGAACAAGGUCUUAUGCUAGAUUGGAUACGCUUCCUCUAAAUAAGAGGCAUUUGAUAAGAUCACAAAGGAAGGUUAGUAAGGAGGCUCUUUACUUUAUGUCUACUUUAAAAGCUAGUGGUGUUAAAGUGUCUGAUACCUUGAGGGUUUUGAGGAAAGAAGUAGGCGGAUCUCCUAUGGUUGGUUUUACAGCUAGUGAUGCUUAUAAUGCUUUAUCACGUGCAAAAGCUAAUAAACUUGAAGGUCAUGACUGUCAUCAGUUAAUCAAGUAUUUUGCUCAGAGAAAUUCCAGUGAAGAAGGUUUUUAUUAUGACUUUGAGCUUAGUGAAGAAGAUGGACUUUUAAGUUUCUUUUGGCGUGAUGGUAGGAUGAAGAGAGAUUAUGAUUAUUUUGGGGAUUUAUUGGUUUUUGAUACUACUUAUAGGACCAAUAAAUAUGAUAUGAUUUGUGCUCCUUUUGUUGGUAUGAACCAUCAUGCUAAUAAUGUUAUGUUUGGAAUGGGUUUUGUUAUCAAUGAAAAAACAGAAUCUUUUAAUUGGCUUUUUCAAACUUUCCUUACAUCAAUGGGUGGAAAUCCUCCAAUAACCAUUAUGACAGACCAAGCUCCAUCCAUUGUUGCUGGGAUAAGGAAUGUUUUUCCAGAUGCUAGACAUAGAUUAUGUACGUGGCAUAUUGGGGAGAAUUCAAAGAAGCAUAUUGGGCAGUAUAGAGCUUUAGAUGGUUUUUGUGACAUAUUCAAUUAUCUUCUGAAGUAUUGUGAAACUGCUGCUGAAUUUGAAUAUCAUUGGCCAAGAAUGUUGACUCACUAUAAAUGCGUUGAAAAUCCAUGGUUGAAGAAUUUAUAUACAAUCAGAGAGAUGUGGUGUCCUGCUUAUUCUAAGAACUAUUGGUCUGGUGGUGUGUUAUCAUCACAGCGUUGUGAAAUUACCCACAAGUCAGUUUCCCAUCGACUUGAUAAGACACAAGGCUUAUGUGAUUUUUAUCAUGUUUUUUUGGAUGUUAUUUCUGAGUGGAGGAGCAAAGAGAAUGGUCAUGACUACAGAAAUUGGAAAGGUAGACCAGAAGUUGCAGCUGCAAAUUGCGGAAUUCUUCUUCAUGCGAGAAAGAUUUACACUAUAGAAGCAUAUGUUUUGUUUGAAGAACAAUUUCUUAAAGGGAUGGCAUGUUCUCAAGAAGAAAAACGCGAAAACACAGCUACAGAGAAAAGUUAUUAUGUGUGGAGGCCUUAA